AAAUGACUAUUAUAUUAAGACAUUUUCUCAUAUAAAUUAUCAAUAAUAAUAUUAAUCUAUUAAAUAAUAUUUCUAUUCUAUAUGUAAAUUAGAUGAAACAAUCAAUGAAUUUUAAAAUUAAAAUAUGAUUAAUAUUCUUAUAUAAAGGGCGCAGAUAUGGUUGAACUGGAUGUCCAGUUAUCCAAAGAUAAAGUACCCAUUGUUUACCACGACUUCAAUGUCAAUAUCAUUAUGAAACAUAAGAAAUCGAAAUUAAAUUCUGGCGAACCCUCGACAGAGGUUCACACGAUGGCCAUCAAAGACCUCACUUUCAAACAACUUCAAAGUUUACAGUUGAGUCCUGUUAUCAAAGCGAACAAAACAUUCUAUGACUUCGGCGAAGAGGACCAGACGGAAGAGAACCUCCCGUUCGCCAGUCUUGAGAAAGUACUCGAUUUAGUGGAUCCCAAGUGUGGUCUCAAUGUGGAGCUCAAAUAUCCGCAGCAAAAAAUUUGUGGUCAAUGGGAGGCCGAGAAGACAUUGGAUCUGAACGAAUACGUGGACAUAAUUGUGUCGACUGUGUUCGCGAAGGCCGGCGCCCGCAAUAUUGUCUUCUCUUGUUUUCAUCCGGAUAUCUGUUCCCUGCUCAAAUAUAAACAAAGUCGAUAUCCAGUGCUGUUUCUAACGCAAGGGCUGACGAAGAAGUGGCAACAGUUCAAAGACAAACGCAACGCUUCCAUAGAGAUGGCCGUAUACUUCGCGCAAAGCGUUGGUCUGGAAGGCGUUAACGUUCACGCGGAGGACAUUAUCAACGAUCGGUCGCUCAUUGGGUUCGUUAAGUCGAAAAACAUGAUACUCUUCUGUUGGGGCGAUGACCUCAACCGCACAGAACUGAUCGCCGAACUCAAGGAACAGGGCGUCGAUGGAGUCGUUUACGACCGGCGAGAUCGAUAUUUUGUGCGGAAAGACACGAUCGUUGGUCACAUCUCCUAAGCAAUUGUUUUGAGUGUAGUCUCGGUUUUAAACAAUUUCUCAACUAUUGGCUUAUGUU